GAAAAAGUUGAAACCCCUCAGACAGUCAGGAAUAUUAGUCGCGAUAAAUUAUUUUACGAUUAAAUUAAUAAAAAUCACCGAUUGAAAAUGCUUUCUCGUGCGGCUUUGUUGUCUGCAGCCCAAAGGACGUCAGUAGUUGCGUUGGCUCGCGGAUCAUCCACUGGAACAGUUGCUGAUCGACCAGUACGUCUCGAACAUCCAGGCAAAGUUCGUAUGGGCUUCAUUCCUGACGAAUGGUUCCGAUUCUUCUAUCCAAAAACAGGUGUCACAGGACCUUAUGUCUUCUUAGCUGGUCUAUCAACAUACAUGUUCUCUAAGGAAAUUUAUGUUAUGGAACACGAAUACUACACUGGACUCUCAAUCCUUAUUGCUGUAGUCUUUGCAGCUAAGAAGUUUGGUCCAGGAAUGGGAAAGGCUCUUGACAAGGACGUCGAUGCCUAUGAACAAGAAUGGAACCAAGGUCGCUUAGACGAAUUAAAAGAUCAUGCUGUAGCCAUUGAAGCCGAAAAGAAGGAACAAUGGAGAGCAGAAGGUCAACUUGUAUUGAUGGAUGCCAAGAAAGAAAAUGUAGCAUUACAACUUGAAGCUGCAUAUCGUCAGCGAGCAAUGACUGUUUUCCAGGAAGUCAAGAAACGUUUGGAUUAUCAAGUUGAGCGUCAAAAUAUUGAUCGUCGUAUGACUCAGAAACAUAUGGUUAACUGGAUCGUAAACAAUGUCCUUAAAUCAAUUACACCAGAUCAAGAAGCACAGACACUUAAUAAAUGCAUUGCUGAUUUGGGCUCAUUAGCUGCUCGUAAGUAAAUUUCGUCAUCCUACCUACGACUACGAUUCCAUCUUUAAGAACCCUUCGAUUAAAUAGUAAAAAAAAAACUUAAUAAUAUUGAAAAAAAACUUGUCUCUGAUUGAAAGAAUUAAUGAUUAAAUUGUAUAUUAAAUUGCUUCUCAAUUUCCUACAGCGCGAAAAAGUGAUCCAUGCAUAAAGAAGAUACCGAAAAAAUGUUAGUAGAUUUAAAUUGAUGAAGAAAAUGAUUUCCAAGAAAUUUCAAGAAACAAUAAAUCACAAGUCAUCAAAAAAAGACUUUACUAUUUAUUUCUCUACUUCCAAAGUAUGCAGGUAUGUCAAUUUUAGAAAUUUAUAAAAUCAUAUUCACGAUUCAUUUGGACUGUAAGUUUGAGAAUUUUGCUAGUCGAGUCAUAUUCAGCACGUCCCUUUUGUGGAUUAACCUUGUGUGGCAGCAUCAGUUUAAGACGAUAAAUUGGUGUUCUUAGUUCAAUCUUGUCUUCCUCGACUGUUAAAUCCAUUUGAUCAAUUCCGACAAUUUCGUCAGGUAUUCGAACCUCAACAAUCAUAUCUUCACAGCUGGAUGUUGCGGGCGUUUUAAAUCCCAUUUGUAAAUAUAUAUCUUCAGUCGUAACUGCUUGCUUGUAAGUGAUUUUGUAUUCUGGGUGCUUACGCAUGUCCAAUAAUUCCUCAUCAUUCAUCUGUUGUUUCGCUAAAUCGUCCAUUGAUUUAAUUGAAUUGUCAACAUUGACCUUUUUCAGCAAUGGAUUAUCCAAGGUUUUAACAAUUUGACUCUUUUUUGGCUGCUUAAUAUCUCCGGGACCAAAAGCUUGUUCUCUCUCAUUUUCUGAGUCUGAUGAGCUUUCGUCAUCAUUUUCGUGACAUUUAUCAAAUAGAUUUUUUAAGAGAGUUAUCGAAUUGUAGUCCAUAAUGUGAAAAUGUCUAGGAAAAUGGAGCAAUUUAUGCAAUGUAAAUAAUUUCAAUUGUUGCUAUAGCAUCGAAAAACACUAGAAUGUUGCGAGCGCGAUACAAUUCAACCCCUCGAGCAUGAGAUAAUUUCGUUUAUUUUUCAUUAAAUGUUCUCGCGUGAAUCUCACUUGAUACAUAUUAGCUUGUAUUUUUUGGAAUUGGUGCUAAUUGGGACUGCUUAUUGGUUG